GCGCUAGCGGUGUUGAUAGGUGGUGCGGAUGUGAUGUAGUGAUGUAAUAUCAAUUUGACGACAUCAUUGCUACUGCAAGUUACAUUAGCGGUCUUCAUUUGAUAUAUAACGUAAAUGGUCUCUUUUCAUCUGAGGACGUAGCUGAUUCACGGGGAAUAUUAAUGUCGGCCUGAAGCGUUUUUAAAAUCGUUCACUAUUAUUAACCCAGUGAGCGUGGUAACUGCGCUAACUAAACGCUGAUGGCAUUAGGCUAACAUGUGCUCGUCGGGCGUAUUUAGUACGUUAAGUCGAGGCAAGGUGAGGUGCCUGUUAUCCAGAGAGUCAUCAUACCAGGUCAUAGGCUGUGACAUGUGAAUGUUGUAUUUGUGAGUUAACUGACGCGUGUUCUGAAGCUGCCUGUGGGGAAAUGAACUCUUCGCUAAGGGGUAACCGGUUAGUGGGACUUGCUGUCGGAGCCUCAAUCGGCUUUGGCCUGAUGGCCUUAAUAAUUUACAGACAAAUCAGUAAGAAAAAAUGCCAGAGGUUGGUCUUGGAGGCCCGGCCCGGCCAAUCCACACUGCUCCAGGAAACGACGGACGCUGCGGAGAUCGAGGCCCAGCAGCAGGCUCUGGCAGCAGUUGAGGCAGUGGUUCAUAGGCUAUCCCCAGAGCAGCAGCUGGAGCUUAGAAACAAGUUGGACCAGGUGCUGAACUGUAUGACCUUGCUGCGCUCAGAGGUGGCUGAACUGAGAGGCAGCCUACAGGACAUUGCCCUGCAGAUUGUUCGCGAUAUCAAAAAGGGAGUGGAGGAAAAUCCAUGGAUACGUCGGCGGCAUCAUGUUGUCCCCAGAGAACGUACGAAUUCCACCAGCUCCAGCUCAAUCUACUUCACUGCUAGCCAGGGCAUGACCAGUACAUAUGAAGAGACCAGCGAAGCAGGGUACUCUACAGCCUAUGCUGAAUCAGACAACACAGAUCAUGACACAGACAGAGAUGAGCAAGAGACUGAACCAGACUCUGAGGAAGAGGAGGACAGGAGCUGUAUCACAGUCGUCACAGUCUGUCAGGAAGACUUCCAAGAAGAGGUGGGGGAGAAGGUGUUGGAAGAAGAGGAUAAGGACAAGAAGGAAUAUGAUGAAGGGCAGUUGGUGACUGAAGUUCCCAGUGGAGAGCUGGCUCUUCUCCUGGCUCAGAGUGAUAUCCUCCACACAGGAGAUGCCAGUUUAAAAGCAGAAGGCUUUCGACUGCUGCUGGACAACAGAGGACAAUAUGGACACUCAAGGGAAUUUCUCUGGCGAAUGGCUCGGGCUUACAGUGAUAUGUACUCAAUUACUGAGGACAAACAAGAAAAGGAAACCUACAAACAACAAGGUCAAGAGGAGGCAGAGUUGGCCCUUAAGAAGAACUGCCUUAACGCCGAGUGUCACAAAUGGUUUGCUGUACUCACUGUACUGACCUCCCAGCAUGAGAACAUGGAUGGCAAACUGAAGAGUCAUCACAUAUUGAAGGAGCAUCUGGACCGAGCAAUCGCCCUAAGAGAUGAUGACCCCAUAUGCUUCUACCUUCUUGGUAAAUGGUGUUAUGAGGUAACCACUCUGGACUGGUUGGACAAAAAGACUUUUGAUGCCCUUUAUCAGAGCACUUCAACCACUACACUGCAUGAUGCCCUUGAGAACUUCUUCAAGGCAGAGCAGCUCAGUCCAGGUUUCUCUAAGGCAGUGAGACUAUACAUCGCAAAGUGUCACAAGGCCUUGGGAAACAUCUCUGAAGCCACAAACUGGACAGCUUUGGCACAGAAGACACCCUUUAGCACAAAUUAUGAUGAAGACAUAUGUAAACUGGAGGCUGAGCUGCUAACAUAAUAAAAAAGCGAGUAACUAAUUUCAAACAACACCUAGGAGAUGGAGCCACUACUGACUGGUGUGACUGGAUAUGCUCUUCAAAAUUGUCUUUCCCUUGAUUAGUGGAUUUUAGUCAUGUGAAAUAUGUUGGGUGUUUACAUUUCGUAAACUGUAAUGUCUUGUUUAGCAUUAUAUAUCCAAUAUCUUAUUUGUUUCAUAACUAUUCUGCUGAAACAGUGAAUAAACCAGGUGUAAUUUGUGUGCACAUUCGUCUUAUCACCAAAUUAUUUGUUUCUAUGUUGACUGUAAAGGAACAAAAGUGUGGUGUGUAGUGUGUUUUUAAGAGUAACUAGACUAAGAUCUUUUUCAUUAUAAAUACAUGGACUUGGUGGCCACUAAAUGAUGGUAUUUGUACAAGCAACAGCAGACAUAGCACUAGAAUUUCUCCAAAAAAUGACACUUGCUUAGUUUUGAUUCUUUCUCCUUAAUGUUUACAACAAUGAGCUAAACCUGACAUUAAACUGUAAUGACAAUUCUGCACAAGGCAAUGAGUGCAGUACAAAUGAUAAGAACUGAAGUUAAAUUGAACAAGAAUUUACCCCUUCACUUUGUUUACCACUUGGUCUGUCAACGAUUUUAGGCAUGUCCACAGAAAGCAGAAAAAGUAAGUAUUGUAAAUCUUUAUUUCACGCUGCAACAUUUGUACAGAUGAGCUUUUUUCCGGAAACUGUCAUUGACAUUCUCAUUCACAGCAUGCUGGAACAUUAAAAGGUCUUGUCAUAUUUUUAACUACAUCCAGCUUGCUGCUUUUCACUAAAAGUCUGCCAAAGAUUACUGCCAUAAAAAUAAAAAUAAAAACUAUAUAUCACCACCAUGCAGGUUGAUGGCAUCUCAAGUAUCAAUAUUUUUUUCUCUCUGAAGAGCAAUGCAGAGCAUUCUAAAUUUGUGCUCAUGCAAUGUUAAGCAAUUUCCAGACACAUGGCAGAUCUAGGUGUAAACUCAAUUAGGUAGUUAACUCCAAAAAUAAAACCCAAAUAAAAAGCAUAAUUAAAUAUGAGAAAGCUAAACAGGAAGAUUACUAUUGUGGCUACUUAUGACAUGAUUUAAAAAAAAAAAACAAAACAAAAAAAACAACAACCAGUAUUUACAUGGUAUCCAGUCAGCCCAGCAUAGGGAAUACUACCUAGUCUAGUUAAUGUAUCGCUACCUGUGUAAAAAUCUAUAGCUGCACAAGCGUAAAAAAAUACUUUUGGGGUUUCCAAAUGCUAACACAGUCCACAGCUCUCACAGUAUAAACUUCAUUAAAAUGGUCUUUACAUCCCCGUCUGAUAAGUUAAAGCUUUCAAACAUAAAACAAAAAGAAAGAAAAAAAAAAAAAAACAAUUCACGUAGCAUUGUUGGGAAAUUGACAACUUGUUCACAAAAGAAAGGAUUUCCAGAAAUUGAGGACAAAAUCCAGAUAGGCCAUAAAAAUACAAGAAAAAAUGAGGAAAGCAUAGAAGUAGCUGGGAACAUGAUUUGAUUGUGGUGUGGGUGGUUGCCUCUAGUUCAUAAUAGAUAACAAUAUUGUUGAAAUAAAAACUGAUUUUGCAGUGACAUCCACACACUGCCUCCCAGAGAGGAAACAAAGGGGUGACUACUGGACAGUCAGUGAACCUGAGGUAGCAAAGCUAAAUCAAAUACACUUUGGAUUUCAUACUGUUAGAUUUUUCUUUUGAAACUUCUAAAAAUCAUUUUACACUCUCAAGUCAAAACUAGAUUUCUAUAUAAUAUUUAUACACAACAAAAUUAUUAAAGACUAAAACCUUUCUAUUUCAACUUUCUGACAAAGUCCUGGGUCCUGAGAUAUGACACCUAAAGUCCAAGUUCCACAGUACAGCUUAUCAAAAAGGGAAUCCCAUCCUUCACAAUAAACAUAAGCAGUAAAAUUAUAGUAAAAAGGUGUUCUUACAAAAUGAAUCCGGGGCCAAGCUGUCACUGUUACAUUUUGAAUAUGAGUAAAGAGUAAAAUGUACCAAAAAGGUAUGCAUGUGGUGUGAUGUUCUCCAAGUAUAAAAACAACUGUGUAUGUACAAAAAUAUACAUCCUAACCUGACAUUCCUAGAAGAGGGAUUUGUUUUCUCCCCGUCUGGAAAACUCUUGAAGCACAGAUUUUAAAGUUUUUUGUUCGACCAAAUAAAAGGCCAUCCUUCAGUUCAUGAUGCCAA